AUGCACCACCCUUUCCUGGAUCCAUUCUGGCACCCUCCCCACGUCACAUCCCCGUCACUAACCCUACCCACACCUCUGCCCCCUGCCUGCCUCUUCCGCUUCAACGUCCUCUCCCUGGUGUACCUGCUCUUCCUCCUGCUCCUGCCCUGGUUCCCGGGGCCCACCCGGGGCUCCGCCGGAGGUCACACCGGCCGCCUCCUCAAAGCUCUGCUGGGGACCAGCAUCCUUUUCCUCCUCGCCCACUUCGUUUUCCAAAUAUGCCUGUACACGCUGCCCAUCCUGGACCAGCUGCUGGGGCCCAGCUGCAGCACCUGGGAGGUCCUUGCCCGGCACAUCGGGGUCACCAGGGGGAAGAGGAGGACGUGGAGCGGCGCGGUGGCACGGCCGAUGGGGACAUCCACCCGUGUUCUCCCUCAAGGGGAAGAGGAGGACGUGGAGCGGCGCGGUGGCACGGCCGAUGGGGACACGCCGCUCAGCGCCAGGCUGCGGGUGACGGCUCACUGGCUGCUCUGGCUGACCGGGAAGGGACUGGCCAUGCUGCUGUUGGCCUUGGCUGGUGGGUAUGGGACAGGGGGGGACAUGCGCACCGGGAAGCCAGGCAGCGGCGCUGAGAACUGCACCGUCCACGUUAUGGGCAACUCGCCGCAGCCGGGCAGGAGGCGUCCGGCGGAGCGGCUGGCCCUGCACGCCCUGGGCCACGUCGUCAUGAACCAGAGCUACGUUUGCGCCCUCAUCGCCAUGAUGGUGUGGAGCAUCACCUACCAGAGCUGGCUGACCUUCGUGCUGCUGCUCUGGGCAUGCCUCAUCUGGACGGUACGGAGCCGGCAUCACUUCGCCAUGCUCUGCUCGCCCUUCCUCCUCCUCUACGGCAUCGCUCUCUGCAGCCUGCAGUACGUCUGGGGCAUGGACCUGGCCCCCGAGCUGCCCACCCGCGUCGGCUUCAUGAGCCUCAAGCAACUGGGGCUGGAGCACCCCAAAUAUCCCUGCUUGGACCUAGGGGCCAAGCUCCUGCUCACCCUCACCUUCUGGCUGCUGCUGCGGCAGUUCGUUAAGGAGAAGCUGCUAACAAGGAGGUGCCCGGCCACCCCGCUUCUGGAGGUGACCAUCUCGGACACGGAGCCCAGCCGGCAGCGGGACGUGCUGAAGGCACUGGGGGACCUGGUGCGGGAUUUCUACGCCAAAUACUGGAUCUGCGUCUGCGCCGGCAUGUUCAUCGUGGUGAGCUUCGCCGGGCGCCUCGUUGUCUACAAGAUCGUCUACAUGUUCCUCUUCCUCCUCUGCCUUACCCUCUUCCAGGUGUACUACAGCCUGUGGCGCAAGGUGCUGAAGGGCUUCUGGUGGCUGGUGGUGGCGUACACCAUGCUGGUGCUCAUCGCCGUCUACACCUUCCAGUUUGAGGACUUCCCCAUGUACUGGAGGAACCUGACAGGCCUCACUGAUGAGCAGCUGGGUGACCUGGGUCUGGAGCAGUUCAGCGUCUCCGAGCUCUUCUCCAGCACCCUCAUCCCGGGCUUCUUCCUCCUGGCCUGCAUCCUCCAGCUCCAUUACUUCCACCGUCCGUUCAUGCACAUCACUGACCUGGAGCACAUCCCCGCUGCCACCCCAUCCCCCUGCCACAUUCCCAUGGAGGACCCCGUGCUGGGCUGCACGGGAGCCGGCUGCUGUGCGGCGGCUGCCGACAGCGCCGAGACGGGCGACGCCGACACCAUGUCACAGGUGCCCACCAAAUGGGGGCUGGUGCUGGAGCGCCUGAUCGUGCUGGGCUGGACCUUCUCGGAUAUGCUGACCCGUGGGCAGGUCUUUGUGGGGCGCCUGCUGGAGCUCCACAUCCUCAAGCUGGUGGCUCUCUACACCGUCUGGGUGGCCCUGCAGGAGGUAUCACUCAUGAACUUUUUGCUGGUGCUGCUGUGGACCUUCGCCAUGCCUUACUGCCGCUUCCGCCACAUGGCCUCCUGCCUCUCCACCGUCUGGACCUGCAUCAUCAUCGUCUGUAAGAUGCUCUAUCAGCUCAAGAUUGUCAACCCCAGUGAAUACUCCAGCAACUGCACCCAGCCCCAGCUCAACAGCACCAACCUGAGCCCGGAGGAGCUGGGCAACUCCACGCUGUACCGUGGCCCCGUGGACCCUGCCAACUGGUUCGGCAUCCGCAAGGGCUACCCCAACCUGGGCUACAUCCAGAACCACCUCCUGGUGCUGCUUCUGCUGGUGUUCGAGGCGGUGGUGUACCGGCGCCAGGAGUACUACCGCAAGCAGCACCAGCUGGUGGCCCCCGUCACCGAGACCAUCUUUGAGGACAUCUCCCGCGAGCACCUUGGCCACGGCCUCGGCAGCUGUGCCAAAUACUUCCUCAACUACUUCUACUACAAGUUUGGCUUGGAGCGCACGUGGGAGUGGCUGCGGGCGGCCGGUGACAACGCCGACCGGCUCAACCUGGCACGGGACCCCUGCAACCCCACGCCCAACUUCAUCCACUGCCGAUCAUACUUGGACAUGGUGAAGGUGGUGGUCUUCCGCUACCUCUUCUGGUUCGUCCUGGUGGUGGUCUUCAUCACUGGGGCUACCCGCAUCAGCCUCUUCGGCCUCGGCUACCUGCUGGCCUGCUUCUACCUCCUCCUCUUCGGCACCGCCAUGCUGCGCAAGCCGGCACGGGCUCGCCUCGUGCUCUGGGACUGCCUCAUCCUCUACAACAUCACCGUCAUCAUCUCCAAAAACAUGCUGUCGCUCCUCUCCUGCGUCUUCGUGCAGCAGAUGCAGAGCAACUUCUGCUGGGUGAUCCAGCUCUUCAGCCUGGUCUGCACCGUCAAGGGCUACUACGACCCCAAGGAGAUGGGCAAGGACCAGGACUGCUCGCUGCCCGUGGAGGAGGCGGGCAUCAUCUGGGACAGCAUCUGCUUCUUCUUCCUCCUGCUCCAGCGCCGCAUCUUCCUCAGUUACUACUUCUUGCACGUCAUGCUGGACCUCCAGGCUUCUGCCCUGCAGGCUUCCAGGGGUGUCGCGCUGUUCAAGGCCAGCAUCCUGAAGAGCAUGCGCUCCCGGCAAGCCGCCGAGAAGAAGUCGUUGGCCCAGCUGAAGCGGCAAUGGUUAGACCACGCCGCAGUGCUUCAUUCGGGGGAAUACUUCCUCUUCGAGUCGGACAGCGAGGAGGAGGAGGAGGCAGCGAUGCUGGAGGAGCCGAGGCCGGGCAGGCAGAGCGCCUUCCAGCUCGCCUACCAGGCCUGGGUGACCAACACCAGGACGGCACUGCAGCAGCAGGAGCAGGAGCAGUUGGAGCGCCCUGGUGCCGAGGUCACUGCAGGGGACAGCAGAGGGAGGGAGGAAGAGUUGGAGGCACCCGAAGAGGCUGAAGGCCAGGAGGAAGAGGAGGAGGAAGGCUCUGAGCGGAGCAACGUGGUGCAGCGGGCGCUGAACACCCUGCGGUUCCUGUGGGUGCUGUGCCGGGCCAUGGUGGAUGGGCUGACCCAGUGGCUGGACGCCUGCACCCAGGAGCACACCGACAUGUCCACCGUCCUGCGCCUCGAGAGAUACGUCCUCACGCGCCGCCUGGCCAUGGGAGAGGAUGUGCACCGGGGGGUCCUGGACGAGCUCUCCCUGCCGCCACCGGAGGAGCCCCCCGAGGAGCCGAGCCCGCGAGGAUCUAGGGGUUCGGACCCCCAAAACGGCGUCGCUUCCAGCUGCCACCGAGGAGCCACCCCCGCCCCAGCAGGACACCUGCUGCCCAGGGGCAGCCAGGAGCAGGUGACAACCUGGGGGUCCCGGGAGGAUGUGGCCGGGUCUCAGGAGCUCCUGGCCCUGCCCCAGAACCGGAGCCGGACGGCCAGCGAGCUCCUCAUGAGCAGGCGGCUGUACUUCCCUGAGCUGGAAGAGUCGGAGCUGUUUUAUCGGUCCCACAACCGGUUCUUGAAGCUGCUGCUGGCUGGGUACCGCUGCGUGGCUGCCCACUCCGAGCUGCUCUGCUACUUCGUCAUCAUCCUCAACAACAUGGUGACCGCUUCCGUCAUCUCACUCUUCCUGCCCAUCCUCGUCUUCCUCUGGGCCAUGCUAUCCAUCCCCCGGCCCACCAAGCGCUUCUGGAUGACGGCCAUCAUCUUCACUGAGGUCAUGGUGGUGGUGAAAUACCUCUUCCAGUUUGGGUUCUUCCCCUGGAACGGCUACGCCAUGCUGGUGCGCAACGAGGGCAAGCCUUUCUUCCCACCCCGCAUCCUGGGCUUGGAGAAGACUGACCGCUACAUCAAGUACGACCUCAUCCAGCUCCUGGCGCUCUUCUUCCAUCGCUCCCUGCUGCUGUCCUACGGGCUGUGGGACCACGAGGAGGACCCCUUCCCCAAGAAGAAGGCAGAGGUGGAGCGGGCGGAGGACGAGGAAGAGGAAGAGAGGCGGGAGGAAGCAGCAUCCCCGCCACUGCCAGUGGGUGAGGAAGGGACAGAGGCGCUGGCAGAGCCGGAGGCACCGGGCGCAGCCGCGGGGCCGGAACCAGAGGGCGAUGCCGUGGGGCAAGAAGAGGGGUCCAGGGCCACGCAGCUCCGCUUCAGGAGGAAGAAGUGGCUGAGGAAGCUGAAGGCGUUUGGGCUGCGGGUCAAGCUCUUCUUCCUCACCAUGGCACAGAACAUGUACCAGCCGGUGCGUGGAUUCUUCUGGGACAUCCUGCACACCCAGCACCGGGCAGCCACUGAUGUCUACGCUUUUAUGUUCCUGGCCGACGUGGUCGACUUCAUCAUCAUCAUCUUUGGUUUCUGGGCCUUUGGGAAACACUCGGCAGCUGCCGACAUCACCUCCUCGCUGUCGGAUGACCAAGUGCCAGAGGCCUUCCUGGUCAUGCUGCUCAUCCAGUUCACCACCAUGGUCAUCGACCGUGCUCUCUACCUCCGCAAGACCGUGCUGGGCAAGCUCAUCUUCCAAGUCAUCCUGGUCUUCAGCAUCCACCUCUGGAUGUUCUUCAUACUGCCGGCUGUCACUGAAAGGUUGUUCAGCCUCAACACGGUGGCCCAGCUGUGGUACUUCGUGAAGUGCAUCUACUUCUCACUGUCAGCCUACCAGAUCCGAUGUGGCUACCCCACCCGCAUCCUGGGCAACUUCCUCACCAAGAAAUACAACCACCUCAACCUCUUCCUCUUCCAAGGGUUUCGCCUCGUGCCCUUCCUGGUGGAGCUGCGGGCUGUCAUGGACUGGGUCUGGACAGACACCACGCUGUCCCUCUCCAAUUGGAUGUGCGUGGAGGACAUCUACGCCAACAUCUUCAUCAUCAAGUGCAGCCGCGAGACGGAGAAGAAAUACCCCCAGCCCAAGGGGCAGAAGAAGAAGAAGAUCGUGAAGUAUGGCAUGGGGGGCCUCAUCAUCCUCUUCCUCGUGGCCAUCAUCUGGUUCCCACUGCUCUUCAUGUCACUGGUGCGCUCCGUGGUGGGCGUUGUGAACCACCCCAUCGACGUCACCGUCACCCUCAAACUGGGGGGGUACGAGCCGCUGUUCACCAUGAGCGCCCAGCAGCAAUCCAUCCAGCCCUUCACCCCCCAGGACUACGAAGCCCUCACCAACGAGUUUGAGAGGCACCCGGUGGCCAUGCAGUUCAUCACGCUGUACGGCUACGAGGACAUCGUGACGGCUCGCAUCGAGGGCAGCUCGGGCUCGCUCUGGAGCAUCAGCCCCCCCAGCCGGGAGCAGAUGCGACGGGAAUUGCAGAACGGAUCUUCCGACAUCACCCUCCCCCUCCCCUGGACCUUCCGCAGGGACCUGGGCAAGGGGGGGACGGUGGAGCACACCUUCGACAAGCACACCACCGACCUGCAGCCCGGCGCGCCCCAGCGCAUGGAGCUGGCCCAGCUGCGGCGGGGCACCCGUGACACCCCCGUGCAAGUGCCCAAACUCUUCCCCAAAUACAUCCGGGCACCCAACGGCCCCGAAGCCAACCCCGUCAAGCAGCUGCUGCCAGAUGGGGAGGACAGCUACCUGGAUGUGGAGGUGCAGCUGAAACGGGAGCGUGCAGGUGUUGGCCGAGGGGCUGACAGCUUCUUGGAGUGGUGGGUGGUGCGGCUAAAAGAGGCGCCCCCCCGCGAUGGCAACAUCCUCCCCAUGGUCAUCUUCAACGACAAAGUCAGCCCCCCCAGCCUGGGUUUCUUGGCUGGCUACGGGAUCAUGGGGCUGUACGUCUCCAUCGUGCUGGUGAUCGGGAAGUUUGUGCGGGGUUUCUUCAGCGAGAUCUCGCACUCCAUCAUGUUUGAGGAGCUGCCCUGCGUGGACCGCAUCCUGAAGCUGUGCCAGGACAUCUUCCUGGUGCGGGAGACGGGCGAGCUGGAGCUGGAAGAGGAGCUCUACGCCAAGCUCAUCUUCCUCUACCGCUCCCCUGAGACCAUGAUCAAGUGGACACGGGAGAAGGAGUAA